UCCCUCUUUACAGAAAUUUGGAGUUGUGAUAGCAAACUAAAUUGAACUCCCCAAGUUGCCGAACAAAAAAUAUCAGCCAUUUCUUUGAUCUUUAACCCUUUGCUUCGAGGAUCAUUUUGGGCAAGUUAGGCAUAGAAAUGGCAGUGGGUAGUGAGAAAUGGAAGAAAAAUAUUCAUGUUUUAGCUGAGAAAAUAAAGAGAUGUCCUGCUUUUUGUUGGCAAACAACUUCGAAGGUUGGUCGAGAUGAUCCUCGAAGAGUUAUUCAUGCUUUUAAAGUUGGAUUAGCUUUGACAUUAGUCUCCUUGAUGUAUCUGAUAGAACCUUUGUUUGAAGGAAUUGGACAAAAUGCUAUUUGGGCUGUAAUGACAGUUGUUGUUGUGCUGGAGUUUACUGCAGGGGCAACAUUAUGCAAAGGACUUAAUAGAGGAUUAGGUACCCUUCUAGCAGGACUAUUGGCAUUUGCUAUUGAGUACAUUGCGCAUGAAACUGGAGAGGUCUUUCGUGCUAUUUUCAUCGGAGCUGCAGUUUUUCUUAUAGGGUCUGCAGCCACAUACAUUAGGUUCUUGCCCUAUGUAAAGAAGAACUAUGACUAUGGAGUUGUAAUAUUCCUUUUGACAUUUAAUUUGAUAACUGUGUCGAGCUUCCGUGUUAGCAAUGUUUUGAAGAUUGCCCAUCAACGCUUCUACACCAUCGCUAUUGGCUGUGGCGUUUGCUUAUUAAUGAGUCUUUUAGUAUUCCCUAUUUGGUCAGGAGAAGAUCUUCAUAACUCCACUGUCUUCAAGCUUGAAUGUCUAGCUAAAUCCAUUGAAGCAUGCGUCAAUGAAUAUUUUAGUGACGCGGAGAAAGAGACUACCGAAGAUAAAUCAUCUGGGGAUCCUAUAUAUGAAGGUUAUAAGUACGUUUUGGAUUCAAAAUCACAAGAUGAAACUUUGGCAUUACAUGCCAGUUGGGAGCCUAGGCAUUCAAGGCAUUGCAGAUAUCCAUGGCAGCAGUAUGUGAAAUUAGGAGCUGUUCUUCGCCGUUUUGGUUACACUAUUGUAGCUUUACAUGGAUGUCUACAAACUGAAAUUCAGACUCCAAGAUCUUGUCGUUCCCUCUUCAAAGAUCCAUGCAUUCGCUUAGCGAGUGAAGUAUCAAAAGCACUAAUGGAACUUGCCAAUAGUAUAAGAAAUCACCGGCAUUGCUCGCCUGAGAUAAUCUCUGAUCAUCUCCACGAAGCGUUACAAGAUCUUAACACUGCCAUAAAAUCACAACCAAGGCUUUUUCUAGGGUCUAACAGUAGCCAAGCAUCGAACAUGCUAGCCCUAGCAGCUGUACAUGCUCGACAAAGGCAAGAAAAGGAUAAUCAUCGUCAUGGAGUCUCAUUAUCAAGCGUAAAGACCGACAGUUCUGCAUUGUUCGAAUGGAAAUCCAAAAGGGUUAAUGAUGAUCAACAAUCAAGAGAAGCUGAAAGGAAGGUUUUAAGGCCACAAUUGAGUAAAAUUGCUAUAACAAGUCUUGAAUUUUCAGAAGCACUUCCUUUUGCUGCUUUUGCUUCUUUGCUUGUGGAGACAGUAGCAACGCUAGAUAAUGUUACAGAAGAAGUUGAAGAGCUUGGAAGGAUUGCUUGUUUUCAAGAGUUUAAAUCUGGUGAUGAUGAAGUUGUUGUUAACAUUCCGACUCCAAAACUGAAAGUUGCGCAAAAUCAAUUGUCUUCUUCCGAUGGGGCAGAGUGAUUCUAUAUGUUAUAUAUAGUUAUUGUUUAUCGUUUGCUUUUAUCAUGCAUGGUAAGCAGCCAAAAAAAAGAACUUUAUUAUUGUUUGUUUUUCCUUAUUUAGCUGAGAUUGUGUUUUAUUUCUUAUAUUUCCUUUCGAUUGAGUUCUCAUAAUAUAAAGACAAAGAUGUAGACUUGGAAAUACCAAUGCAUUAAAAUAACUUUUGCAUAA